AGUGACAAUGUCAGGGAGGACGUGACCUGCUGGACCCCUGUCCACCCAGCGUGUGGCUCCACCAUGCAGAAGCCCAGUGGCCUCAAGCCCCCGGGCCGUGGCGGGAAGCACUCGAGCCCGGUAGGGCGGACGUCCACUGGGUCAGCCUCGGCCACGGCCACGGCCUCCGGCUCCAAGGAAGGCUCCCCGCUGCACAAGCAGGCCCCCGGCCUGGGCCCCGCGGCCACCGGCCCCACCCCCGAGAGGCCGGGCCCCAAGGCGGCCGAGGUGGGCGAUGAGUCGCUGGGGGACCUGGAGGUGGGCGAGCGCGUGUGGGUGAACGGCGUGAAGCCCGGCGUGGUGCAGUACCUGGGCGAGACGCAGUUCGCGCCGGGCCAGUGGGCGGGCGUGGUGCUGGACGAGCCGGUGGGCAAGAACGACGGCGCGGUGGGCGGCGUGCGCUACUUCGAGUGCCCGGCGCUGCGCGGCAUCUUCACGCGGCCGUCCAAGCUCACGCGCCAGCCGGCGGCUGAGGGCUCAGGCAGCGACGGCCACUCGGUGGAGUCGCUCACGGCGCAGAACCUGUCCCUGCACGCGGGGACCGCCACGCCGCCACCCGGCGGCCGCGUCCUCCCGCUGCGGGACAGCGUGCUGGGCAGCGCGGGCAAGACGGGCAACGAGUCGGGCUCCAACCUGUCGGACAGCGGCUCGGUGAAACGCGGAGACAAGGACCUGCGCCUGGGGGACCGCGUGCUGGUCGGCGGCACCAAGACCGGCGUGGUGCGGUAUGUGGGCGAGACAGACUUCGCCAAAGGCGAGUGGUGUGGCGUGGAGCUGGACGAGCCCCUCGGGAAGAACGACGGGGCCGUGGCGGGCACCAGGUACUUCCAGUGCCCCCCCAAGUUCGGGCUCUUCGCGCCCAUCCACAAGGUGAUCCGCAUCGGCUUCCCGUCCACCAGCCCUGCGAAGGGCAAGAAGAGCAAGCGCAUGGCCAUGGGGGUCUCGGCGCUGACCCACAGCCCCAGCAGCUCCUCCAUCAGCUCCGUCAGCUCCGUGGCCUCCUCCGUGGGGGGCCGGCCAAGCCGCAGUGGCCUGCUCACCGAGACGUCCUCGCGCUACGCCCGCAAGAUCUCGGGCACCACCGCCCUGCAGGAGGCGCUGAAGGAGAAGCAGCAGCACAUCGAGCAGCUGCUGGCCGAGCGGGACCUGGAGCGGGCCGAGGUGGCCAAGGCCACGAGCCACAUCUGCGAGGUGGAGAAGGAGAUCGCGCUGCUCAAGGCGCAACACGAGCAGUAUGUUGCAGAAGCUGAGGAGAAGCUGCAGCGGGCCCGGCUGCUGGUGGAGAGUGUCCGGAAGGAGAAGGUGGACCUGUCCAACCAGCUGGAGGAGGAGCGCAGGAAGGUGGAGGACCUGCAGUUCCGCGUGGAGGAGGAGUCCAUCACCAAGGGCGACCUGGAGACUCAGACGCAGCUGGAGCACGCGCGCGUUGGGGAGCUGGAGCAGAGCCUGCUACUGGAGAAGGCGCAGGCCGAGCGGCUGCUCCGCGAGUUAGCGGACAACAGGCUGACCACGGUGGCCGAGAAGUCGCGGGUGCUGCAGCUGGAGGAGGAGCUGAGCCUGCGCUGCGGGGAGAUCGAGGAGCUGCAGCAGUGCCUGCUGAACUCGGGGCCGCCGCCCGCCGACCACCCCGAGGCGGCCGAGACCCUGCGGCUGCGGGAGCGGCUGCUGGCGGCCAGCCAGGAGCACCAGCGGGAGCGCGGGCUGCUGCGGGACGAGUUCGAGAAGGCGCUGCGGGCCUACCGGGCGGAGGCCGAGCAGCUGCGGGCGGCCAACGAGAAGUACGCGCAGGAGGUGGCCGACCUCAAGGCCCGGGUGCAGCAGGCCACCAGCGAGAACAUGGGGCUGAUGGACAACUGGAAGUCCAAGCUGGACUCGCUGGCCUCGGACCACCAGAAGUCCCUGGAGGACCUCAAGGCCACCCUGAACUCGGGCCCCGGCGCCCAGCAGAAGGAGAUCGGGGAGCUGAAGGCCGUGAUGGAGGGCAUCAAGAUGGAGCACCAGCUGGAGCUGGGCAACCUGCAGGCCAAGCACGAGCUGGAGACGGCCGUGCACGCCAAGGAGAAGGAGGGCCUGCGGCAGCGGCUGCAGGAGGCCCAGGAGGAGCUGGCCGGCCUGCGGCAGCACUGGCAGGGCCAGCUGGAGGCGCAGGCCAGCCAGCACCGGCUGGAGCUGCGCGAGGCCCAUGACCAGGCCCGCGACGCUGAGCUGCGGGUGCAGGAGCUGGAGAAGCUGGACGUGGAGUACCGCGGCCAGGCGCAGGCCAUCGAGUUCCUCAAGGAGCAGAUCGCGCUGGCCGAGAAGAAGAUGCUGGACUACGAGCAGCUGCAGUGGGCGGAGGCCCAGAGCCGGCAGGAGGCCGAGAGGCUGCGCGAGAAGCUCCUGGUGGCGGAGAACCGGCUCCAGGCCGCCGAGACCCGCUGCUCGGCCCAGCAAAGCAACAUGAUUGAGCCGGACGACAUUUCCGGGGAGAAGCUGAGGAUGAAGGAGGCCCUGGAGGUCCUCCAGGACAAGCUGAACAAGAGGGACAAGGAGGUGGCUGCCCUGACCUCACAGAGUGAACAGCUCAGGGCCCAAGUAAGUGCCCUGGAGGGCAAGUGCAGGUCAGGGGAGAAGCGGGCAGAGGCUCUGCUGAAGGAGAAGCGGCGGUUGGAGGCCGAGCUGGAGGCCGUGUCCAGGAAGACGCACGACGCCUCGGGCCAGCUGGUGCUCAUCAGCCAAGAGCUGCUUCGCAAGGAGCGGAGCCUGAACGAGCUCCGGGUGCUGCUGCUGGAGGCGAACCGGCACUCGCCCGGGCCCGAGCGAGACCUGGGCCGCGAGGUGCACAAGGCCGAGUGGCGCAUCAAGGAGCAGAAGCUCAAGGACGACAUCCGGGGCCUGCGGGAGAAGCUGACGGGUCUGGACAAGGAGAAGGCGCUGUCGGAGCAGCGGCGCUUCUCGCUCAUCGACCCGUCGUCGGCCCCGGAGCUCCUGCGGCUGCAGCACCAGCUCGUGAGCACCGAGGACGCCCUGCGGGCCGCGCUGGACCAGACGCAGCAGGUGGAGAAGCUCCUGGAGGCCCUGAGGAGCCACCCCGACAAGUCGCAGGCCCUCGGAGGUUCGGGUUCGGCCAACGGCGUCCACCAGCAGGACAAGGCCCACAAACAGGAGGACAAGCACUGACCCCGGGACACGGAGGAGCUGCCUGGCCGUGGAGCUGCCCGCUGGUACCGCGCCCCUCCGGCCUGCCUAGGCGCCACCCCCUCCAGGCAGGCGCCAGAAUUGUCACUUUGGAGCGGAGAGCGGCUGUGGUGACAGUGUGAGAACCGUGUGACGCAGCCACCGCGGAGGACAAUCCCUCGUCCCUGUCCAGACCAGGAGGCCCAGUCACAGCCUCCCGAGAGCGGUACAGCCGGGCCUGGCCCCCCGGACCUUCAUUCCAGACCCCGCCGUUCCUGGGGUCUGUUUGGGGCAGUGGAGGCCCCUGGGCCAGGCCCCCUCCCCGGAAGGCACUGUCUGAGGACCCUCGGGGCACCCGGAUCGCCCCACCCCACCCACCCUCUCUCCCCCUUCUCCCGAGCCCCUCAGACCCCAGAAAGCCAUUUCCCCCGAGGGGCCCGGCUU